AUGCUCGCCGUCGUUACCACCGACGGCUUCGCUCUCGCAGACCACAGUGCCAUCAAGCGAACUCCUGGUUCAAUCCCGGUAAAACAAUCCUUAGUGCAAGCCUGUCCGUCAGCUGCGUGGAUCUCCGGAACAACAUCCCUAUACUUCGCCGCAGGCAAAGCACUACUAACCUACCGACCUUCAAGCAAUCUCCGCACACAAGAAGUCCACGUAGCAGAGAGCGACAUCUCAUCUUUUGUCACCCAUGGACAUACCGCUAUUUACGCAACGGACAGCAAGAUCCAUGUUCUCGAAGAAGGAACAAUUUCUCGGACCUUCGAUUCGCAGAAAUCCCCCAUCACCUCCCUUUCCCUCUGUCUUGAUGGCUCACGCCUCGCAUCGGCGUCCUCGUCAUCCUGCGUACAAGUGCACUCAAUGACCUCGUCCUCCACCUCGGUUACUACCUUGCGAGGCAUCCCCGCUGCAUCCGAAAUCAUUAUCGCGUUCCACGCCCAUGACCGGAAACGCCUCAUCGUCGGGGCUGGUCGGCAAGUCCUUGUGUUCGAUGUCACACAUCCCUCAAAACCCUCCAAAAUCGUCUCGCUUGGGGACGAGACGUCGGGGGCUAUCGUUGGCGUAGCGUGUAGCCCUUUCAGCAAGACUUUGAUCGCCGCCGCGACGUCGUCAGGAGAGGUGGGGCUCAUCGACUUGGACAAGGAGAAAGGAUUAUUCAAGAGCCUAUUCCUUGAUACCAAGAUCACGGCGCUUGCAUUUACUCCUGAAGGAGGUGGAAUAUAUUUUGGGACGGAAGAUGGCAAGGUACUCUACGUUGACCUCCGCGCGCUGGAUAAGACACCCAUAUGCAACGUCGUUGGGGACGGUACCUCACCCAUAGUAUACCUCUGUGCUCAGAAAAAGUCUGAUAUGCCUGCCUCGGAGAAAAAGUCAAAACUAUCAUCGUCUUCAACGGCCUCUGUCACAUCCUCUCGUGCUUCUGUAGCAAGUGCCCACUCUCAAGAUGCAGUGUCGGCGGCGAAAGCACGAAUUGCCGAGAAGAAGGCAGCAAUCAGCUCGAAGACAUCCUCGCGCAACCCCCUGUCAACCAUCCCGCAGAACCAAGCCGCAGAUCGAGCGAACAAUGAUACUAUCCGCCAGCCGCUCUCCAUCACUCGCACUGAUUCCAUAUCUGGGCAUCUCGCUGCUCUACGCCGGAGGCCAAGUUCGUCAGCCCACUCAGUGGCUUCGUCCAGCCGAGUAUCGUCAGGCAGUGGCGAUCCUGGUCCAUCACGGCCUUCAUCGGCAAUGUCACGACCUGCAUCGGUACUAUCGCGACCUCACUCCGUCGCGUCAACGCAGGCACUUGAAGACAUUGAACCGGACUUGCCGGAUCCGCCGUCAGAGCCGGCUACGCCAAUGGCGAAGAGGAGGAGCACUCGCGCUAUGAGCGACCUUGGUCUGGGGACGCCGAGUAGACCUGCGCGUGCAUCUAGCCGUGCAGGGUCGGACCCUGUCGACGCCGGCCAGGAUAAAGGGAAGAGAAGGGCAAACGCGAAGGAGGAGAAGAAGACUCGGUUCACGACGCAGGGGCAACAGCUGGAUGCGGAUGCAGACGAGGUCUUCAGCCCGCCCGCUCGUUCGCGGACGUCGUCAUCUACAGGGCAAGAACAACGCGAACGCGAGCUCGCCCUGCAGAUAUCGCCGCGAAAACCCGCAGCCACCGCAUCCUCCGUGGAUUGCAUGCCCUCACCUCUCCGACAACCAUCGUCCGCGCUGCCCACCAACGCACAGGACUUCAUCCGCGGCGUGAUGCAAGACGCGCUGCUCGACUUCCGACAGGAGUCUCACGCGGAGAUGAUGGGCUUGCAUCUGGACAUGAUGCGCAUGGGCCGGGACCUGCGCCGCGCCAUCGAUGCGAAUGUGCAUGCGGAGCUGGAGGCGCUGCGCGAGGAGAACCGCAGGCUGAGGGCGGAGAACGAACUGUUGAAGAAGGGGAGGGUGAUGACGAUGUAAACUGUGAUUUUUAGUAUGAUUUAUCUUGAUCUUCGAUCUCUUAGUCAGAG